AUGUCAAGCAAGCCUUCCCCUCUCGCAUCACGAUCCCUUGGCUUGGCCGUGAACAGUAGAAACUGUCCAACGUUAUACUCCACAUACUCUAUCCAUCAACAGCAUACGAUAAUGGCUCAUGCAACUGAAAGGGUUUUGGACCCCGACGGCGACGUUUGGCUAGUCUUGAAAAACCCGAAGAGGGUUCCAUUCCAGUUUUAUGACGGGCCCGAGAUCAGCGCUUCACGCUUGAGAUCAAUGGCCUCACAGAGGCAGCAGAGAUUACAGAUGCGAAGAGAAGAUGCCAAUGGCGGGAUGCCCGAGAAGGAGCUCCCCGCGAGGGAAGUUCCCCAAGACGUUCCCCUAGACGAACAAGUUCCCCCCGAUGUUGCCCCAGGAGAAGAAAAUCGACAUACCGGAGAUCCUGUGCCGACAGCACUAGACGGCGAAACACCCGAUGAGGCUAGGUUCUUGGUCUCGUCGCGCCAUCUAUUGCUUGCUUCCCCAGUGUUUCGCGCCAUGUCGCGAGGCAUCUGGCUUGAGGAAGUCAGCGAUGGCGAGGGGUCUCCAGAGACGUGGACGACCACUGACUGGGACCCUGAAGCGUUCCUCACUGUCCUCAGCAUCAUCCACAGCCGCUACCGGUUCGUUCCCCAAUCGGUCAGCUCCGAGUUGCUGGCCAGAAUUGCAACUGUCGUCGAUUACUACGGCUGCCACGAGGCCAUGGAAAACUUUGCUGAACUCUGGUUUCUGAAACGGACAGACCCUCUUCCUCUCUCGUACGGAAAGGAAUGCAUUCUCUGGAUGUUCUCCUCUUGGGUGUUUUCUCAGAAAGAAGUAUUUGAAACCAUGGUCAGGCUAGCUAUUAUGGAUGCCAAGGGGCCCAUCCAGAAUAUGGGUCUUCCGUUUCCUCCUUCGCUACUGGGUUCGUUUCUCGCCUUCGAUUACUUCUGA